GUACACGAUCAAUCCAUCAGUGUGUCAGAGCAGAGCAGGUGGUUGGUCGUGCAGGUGGUGAUGUCAACAGGAUUUUGGCCAGAGCCGGCUGACUGAGGUACACAGUGUAUAUCUCUAUCACCCUUGAUGGUAUGAUCAGAGUACUGCAAUGUUUUUCAAAUCAUACUUAUUCUCGGGAACAAUUGUUGUUGCUGUUGCUGUGUUUCUCAACUACCCAGCUGAUCCAUUGUCAAAUAGAUUAGAGGAAUGGAUAGAGUCUGGAAAGAUGUUCAGAUUCCAAAAUAAAAACAUAUUUUACCUUGAUGAUGAAGGCAAAGGGCAGAGCAAUGAUGUUCUUUUAUGCAUCCAUGGCUUUCCUACAUCUAGUUUUGACUUUUUGAAGAUUUUUCCUGGUUUGCAUGAAGAAUUUGGACGCAUUAUAGCUCCCGAUAUGCUAGGAUUUGGCUUCAGUGAUAAGCCUAAAGGACACAAUUACACUGUUUUUGAACAAGCCGAUAUGAUCACAACACUACUUGAAGAGCUAACUGUAAAUAAUAUUCACAUCCUGGCUCAUGACCUCGGUGACACUGUUGCCCAGGAACUACUUGCAAGGUUUGAAAAUGGAAAAGAUGAGCCUGUAAUAAAGAGUGUGACAUUACUAAAUGGAGGAAUCUUACCAGAAACUAACUUUCCAAAGUUUAUUCAAAAGGUUUUAUUAAACAAAUAUUUAGCACCAGUUUUAAUGAGACUUACAAAUUUUAUGGUUUUCAGAAAAAGUAUUUCAGAUGUGUUUGGUGAAUAUACAAAGCCAAGUGAGCAGGACAUAGUUGAUUUCUGGUCUGGUAUUCGCUGGAAUGACGGUUACAUGGUGUCUGCAGGCUUGCUACAGUACAUAAAUCAGCGACAUGCGAAUCGUGAUAGAUGGGUCCAUGUUUUACAGGCAACCAGAAUUCCCUUGCAUCUCAUUUAUGGACCGAGUGACCCAAUUAAUGGUCCAGAAACAUUCUUGAAGAGAUUUAGGCAACUGGUUCCAAAAUGCAGCGUGGAUGUUUUGCACGAAAGUAUCAGCCACUACCCACACUGGGAAGAUCCAGAAAAUGUUAUCAAAUGUUUUAAAAACUUUAUAAAACCAGUUCUAUCCAGUUCUAAGUAGUUCUAAUGAACAAUUAAACCAUCAUAUUAUAAUGAAAAAUAUUUAAAUAAAUUAACUAUGCAAUAUAUGGAGUAAGGAUGUAUAUGUAAACAAAUAUUUAAAUAUAUGUGUAAACAAACUGCUGGAAUAAAGAAACAAAUGAUGUAUUAACAGUAUCAAGAAUAGCUCUUCAAUGAAAAAGCUUCAAAUCGGUUGCCUUUGAAGCUUAUAAUAAAUUCUUGUGAUGGGAUUUGAACCUGUUACUUCUUGCUAUCAAGGCAAGUAUCUUAACGAUUAGACUACUGAGCUGAUAUAGUAAACAGAUACAGCUUAAGCUGCACAUCUGAAAUAUGCCCUUAAUGAGGGCCUAGUAAAUUUAUAUAGAAAAUCUGAAAUGUUGCAUAGCACUGUAACCAUACAUGUAAUCAAAUUGGUAAUCAAAUCUAUAAAUAAAUAUUAUGUUAUGAAUCAUGAGUUUUUGAAUCAAUUUAAUAAUCAAUGGCUCUUUGAUUGUCCUCUUUUAUAUAUCGAUAUAAAAUAUGAACAUUAAACAAUUUCCAAACUUGUUGGAUGUUACCAAUGUUUAUGUCUUUUUAAUGAAAAAAAUUUAAUUUCUUUUAAAAUUUACAUGAAUAUGAAAAUGUUUUUAAAUGAACUAAAUCAAAUCUGCUCCACUUAUACAACCCAUCUAUGUGUGCCCUAACAUAAUAUACAACAGUAUUUCCACGUUUAAUGGUUUUUUUUUUAAACAGUAUUUCCAUGUUUAAAUCCAAAGUUGCUAAUUCAGUAUAGGCCUUCUUUCAGUUAAGCUAGGAACUCUCAAUAUUUUUGAUUUGUUACCAUUGAUUGUUAUUGUUUGUUUUGUAUUUUACUAUAUUUUUAUAUAUUGUAUGUUUAAGACAUCUUGUAAUUGGCGAUUCCGCUGUUGGAUGUAAUUGAAAUAAAAUCAGAAUAAAUUAAAAA